CGAAUUUGUGACUCGAAGUCCCCUCACUUGGAACCCCCCUCUUCUCAUCAACAACUUUUAUUUUUUUUCAUCAACACAACUCUAGGUAUCUGUUGAAGGGGUCUUAUCUCCUUCGCCUGCUGCCUUGAACACAAUCUUUUUUUUCGGAACAGCUGCGAAAUUUGAAUAUUCGUUUAGACACAACAACUCAAGAGUACCCCGCCCUCAUCAUGGCGACGAUAGCAGCCGCUCGCGGCGGUCCCGAUCCUGGGGAUGCCUCGGGCAUUAGUGCCUCGGGUGCCCCGGCGAGCCACCCGUAUACCUGCAAUACGUGCCACGUUGCUUUCAGAAAUAUCGAUCUUCAGAAAAACCACAUGAAGGGAGAUUGGCACCGGUACAACCUGAAGCGCCGUGUCGCAUCCCUGCCCCCGAUUUCCUCAGAGAUCUUCAACGAAAAAGUCCUCCAGGCGCGCGCGGCCACUACAGCACAGGCAGACAAAGUCGGGUUCGAGCGUGCCUGCGAAGUCUGUCAAAAGACGUAUUACAGCGAGAACUCAUUUCAGAACCACAUCGGCAGCCAGAAGCAUAAGGCACGCGAGGCGGCACGUGCUUCCAAGGAUGGUCGUGCGUUCGACGAAGCGAGCUCUGUUAUCAGCUCUACCUUUUCCCUUGGAGAGCCAAUCCCAGAUAAUACCAACAAGAGCAAGGUUGAUCUGGACUCCGACGCUGAAGAGGAAUUCAGCCAGAUGGUCGAGGGCCUCAAAACAACAAAGAUCAACGGCAGUGAUGAGCGUACCUCUCCACUGAAGCGACCCUCAAACCCUCACCUCUCCAAGGCAGAACACACAUUAUCUGAACAGGCGGAUGAGGAUUCUGGAACUGCAACCCCGGUUGAGCCGACCAAGCCCGAAGCUGCACCACCCAACAACAUCAAAGCCUGUCUGUUCUGCAACUACGAGUCUCCUACCAGUCGCCUCAACGCUACCCACAUGGAGCGCAUACAUGGCAUGUUCAUACCCGAGAAGGAUUAUCUUGUCAACCUUGAUGGGCUUAUAGAAGCAUUGGAGUAUCGGGUGCGGGAACUCAACGAGUGCUUGUACUGCGCCAAAGUCAAAGCCAAUGUCUUCGCUGUUCAGACUCACAUGCGCGACACUAGUCACUGCAAGAUCCCCUAUUCCACAGAGGAUGAACAGCUGGAGAUUGGCGAGUUUUAUGAUUUCAGGAGCACAUACUCCGACGGCGAGGGAUCGGAUACUGAGGACGAUGACGAUGUUCCUCGCUCAGGUGGGGCCAAACUGGGUGCCAAGCGAAUCACCACUGUGAAGGGCGAAGAUGGCGACGAAGUCAUGGAGGACGGAGAUGGAUGGGAGACAGACAGUUCAGCCUCCUCCCUGGACUCGGAGAACCUGACUGCUGUGCCUGCCGAGAAGCACUAUCACCAAUACGAGAGACUCGAGCGCCACCCGCAUCAUAGCACAACCGACCCGCGUGGGCACCACCAAAAAGAUGGUUGGCAUUCGCAUGCGCACAAGCAUACCCAUGCCGCGUUUUAUGACGAAUACGAACUGCACCUUCCCAACGGUAAACAUGUUGGACACCGUGCCCACAACCGCUACUACCGACAGAACCUGCGCGACCGGCCUGUCACGGAAGAGGAGCGGGCCGAACGCCUCGCCCUCGAGCAGGGUCGCGCUGGUAGCCCAGAUGAGAUGGAUGUUGAUGGUCUCAACCGGCUCGCCCGCCGCAACGGCUCCAACUACCGUGCCCUCAUCACCCGAGCGACUGGCGGUCAAGCACUGGCCGGCGUGUCAAAGGUUAAGAUCAAGGAGGUGCAAAGGUCGGAGCAACGCGGUCGCAAGACCGAAGCUCACCAUCGUGGAAGGAUGGAGUGGAAGACGAACAAGGCAGCCAACCACCAGGAGCACUUCCAUUACUCGAAGCUUGGUGGCUGAACGGUGUGCGUACUUAUUGGUCUAUUUUCGGACUUAUCUUUCUUUUCCUUUUUUGAUGUGCAUUUGGAUGGUUGCUUUCAUUUGGUGUCAAUGGGGGAUUUUUUUUAAAAAAAAACAAACAUCGUGGGUGCAAAGCAGAGACGGUUUUUUGGCCGAAGAUAUGUUGUUCUUUUGAUGGGCCUUGGGAAUGCUUUGGCGACUGGUGGUGUCCCGGAAAAUGACUUACAUGACAACGGAGGAAAGGCUGUUCUUUUUUUACGCAAAAAUAGAUCGGGCAUGAUUUCUAUGAAAAUAAAAAUAAAAAAAUAAAAAGAAGCUGC